AUGACAACUGCUCGAAAAACCCGAAAACCCAAAACCAAUAACUUCACCUCUAUUUUAGAUCAGUUCCUGAAUAAAUAUAACCUAUCAGCCGAAUCAAACCCACUUCAAUUACGUAUUCAUGCUGAUGAGCUUGGUACUAUGCUACCAGAUUGGAAAGCUCGUAAAGAUGUGAAAAAAGCUCUUCACCGGCGCCUAUUCAAAAACAAUCAAAUAGAAGCUCUGGUUCUGAACAACAAAAAGAAAAGGCUUACUAUCAAGGAAAGAGCUCAAUAUUGUGCAAAAACUGGAGAUGUGUGGGAUAUUUACUUACAUGCUUUAGACUUAGCUGAAAUAAAAAAUGAUGCUGAUAAGAAGAUUGUAGCAUCCAGUUCCUGUCUUUCACAAUUUCGUAAAGAGUUAGCAGAAGCUGGAGUUGAUCCUGAGCAAAUCAAUAUAUAUGCCAAAUUACCAAAUAUUACUCAAGCUUCUAACAAAAUUCAGAAGAAAAAACUUGAACAGAGAUUAAUCAGUUGA